AUGGCAAUGUUUGUCUCUCCCACGUCCGAGUACAUGGCAGGUAAUUCAUCAAAGCCAAAUACAUCCGAAAGCCAUAUACUGUCGCGGAAAAUUGAUGGACAACGGAUCAUACCGAGUACAGAGGAGUCACCAGAAGUAGACCGGUUUGCCCAACGGCGACACCGCAAAACGGCGAGUGUCAACGAUGCAGAUACAAAAGUGAGAGCUUCCAGAUGGCUGGGAAGUGUAGUGUCCCCUGCGAGUCCGAUUCUACCCACGUACCCACCACCGGUAAGAAUGCCAACACCUCCAGGACUUCCAUCUUUCGGCACUCAAGAGGCAGUACGUUCCUCUGCGAGGUUUCCUGUCCAAUCAGCACCGGGCAAUGGGCAAUUCCAGCAACGUGACCGUUGCAGCAACGCUGCUGAUGGCAAUAGGUUCGAAUCGUACAGGGAGUCAUUUCUAAGAUUCUUUGGUAUCUCUUCAUCUUCUGCCUUUCGGCCUAACAGGCGAGGAUGCAUUGCUGUGAGGGCAGUUGAUAACACUAUAGUCCAAGGACGCUUCCCUCAUAGGCAUAGUGCCCAUGGAGUCGGUGCGAAUGGUAGGCUACUCGACCACCCAUUUCAUCGAAGAAACCUUUCUAUGGCUCAGUGUGGUGGCAUUGACGAGGGUGGCGGCGGCGCUAUUCAGACUAGGCCAUCAGACACGGAGCACUGUUCCCAUAUCAAGCGGCAGAACUCAAUUUACCGAGACAACCUACCUGUUUCUCGUCCACAAUACCUACCAAGCAGUAUCUCACCGGGGCCAAGCUUCUCGGUGACCACUCAAUCAGCAACAACCUCCGCUAAUUACACGGAUAGACGCGCCUUAGAGCCAGGGGCUAGGAGAACUCCGGUGGUGGACAUGCCUGCUAUACUAGCAUCCGAACCCUCCGGCUGUUCCCUCACACAAACACGAUCAACAGCGGAGCCUUCUGUCAUGCUUGAGGGCCAACAUGGCCGUUGGUUACAGGCCUCAAAGAUUGUUAACUCUUUCUUUUGCUGUUGUUUGGAAGCCAGGAAUGAGCAGGAUACCAUUGUAUACGUUAAUACUACGUCUAAUGACACAUAUGCUACUGCAAGGAGCCGGGUCUCGGACGAAAGCGCAGCUCAUUCGCAUGUCAGGGAGGGCACGGUGCAGGAGUUUAGGCGUUACUGCUCGAACAUGUGGACGUCGUUUGGAGCUUUUAUCUCCUCUCGUAGUCACAGAUCCUCCACAUGGUUAGAACAGACCCGGGAGCCUUUUUAA